CCCAACACAUUUGUCCCACCAACAAGAUUCCCAAAACCUGUGAAAGAAACAAGCGGAAGCAAAGCAGAGACUGAGACAAAGAAUCACAUACCAACAGCUGCAUCCUAAGCCAAUGGCGUCAACAAUUCUUAGGCGAGCAACCUCAUCCGUUAUCAAGUCAAGUCUUCUAACGGAAGCGUCAAGGAGAAGCUAUGCCUCUGUUGCUGUGGGGACUGACAUCCUGUCUGCCGCAUCCCAAGUUAGUCUCCAGAAAGCUCGAAGCUGGGAUGAAGGCGUUACCUCCAAUUUCUCCACUACUUCUGUCAAUGAUAUCUUCAAGGGCAAGAAAGUUGUCAUCUUUGGACUACCUGGAGCAUAUACAGGUGUUUGUUCACAACAGCAUGUGCCUAGUUACAAGAAGAACAUUGAUAAGUUCAAGGCUAAAGGAAUUGAUUCAGUAAUUUGUGUUGCUGUUAAUGAUCCUUAUGUUAUGAAUGCCUGGGCAGACAAACUGCAAGCCAACGAUGUGAUUGAAUUUUAUGGGGACUUUGAUGGGAGCUUCCACCAGAGCCUUGAAUUGGGAAAAGAUCUCUCUGCUGCUUUGCUUGGGCCUCGCUCUGAAAGAUGGUCAGCCUACGUGGUCGAUGGAAAGGUGAAAGCUCUGAAUGUGGAGGGUGCGCCAUCUGACUUCAAGGUUUCUGGUGCCGAGGUUAUUUUGGAGCAGAUAUAAAGAGGGUAUGGUAUAUUUUUGUUAUUCCGCUCCCAAGAGGUACGGGGGAUCUUUGAGGUGGGAAAAUAAAAUGGUUGAGUGCACUUAAUAAGUGUGUAGGUUUAAAACCUAUGUUGUUACUGCUUUAAGUUUUCAAUGUUUACUGCUUAGAGAACAAAGUAGCCGCACAUCGUAUGAAAACCUUUAUGAAUUUGGUGAAGAGAGGUUCCCUAUGUUUUAGUC